GCCACAUCAUGCGUAUUGGAUGCCUGUCCUGAUGUGCUUUUGGAUCUACAUAGCUAACUUAUGGAUGGACCGGUAUUCCUCGCUUCAGCCAUGCAGCUUAAAAUGAUGGUCAGUCCCCAACUGGUAUUUUUACCUCUCAUUAUAGGCGUAGAACCUUAUGCAGGAUACAAUGUGGCGACCAUGAAGGAUUCAGUAUACUUUGGUGCGAUGGCGGGUGUACUGGUAGCGAUAGUCGGGUACCUCCAUGUCCUCUUCGACCCUCUACAGCGUUACUCGCGUACAAAAGAAACCUCUGGCUUUGUUAAACAGCUACACUCCACCUUGCGCGAAGCGGCUGUACUGAUGUACCUGUGCAACGACCAGAAGGCCCGUGAAAAUAUUGAGCGCAACUUACCGGACGAAACCCAUCGCAUAGCCGCCUAUGCAAAGGAGUUCGACUAUGCUGAUGGACAGGUGACCCAGUUGAGGAGCGUGGCUGUGGAUCGGUUCGCAGUCUUAGCUCAAGGUUUGUGCGGCACAUAUGAGAAGUAA